UUGUAUUCGUGUGUGGUGGCACUGUUGUAUCCUAGAGAUCGCGCAAACAGGCAUUAGUAACGACGUCUACUAACCACUCAGAGAUUAUCUCGCUAUAUGAAGCCGCACGAGAAUGUGUUUGACUACGGCGGAUGACUAACCACAUCCAGAAGUCAUGUGGUUCCAACACCACAAAUAACUCCACCAUUAUCUAUGAAGAUAAUGUUGUAUGUGUUGCACAAAUGGAAACAGACUAUAUAUAUUAAGAGCAAUAAGACUAAGCAUAUUUCUCCUAAGUAUUUUUAUCCUCAUGAACUCCAGAUUGAGGGUGAGGUGAAAAUCCUGCAAGUCAAGUCUUGUGAUAAUCUGGCUGAUUUAUUCACUAAAUCCUUACCUGUAGUCACAUUCAGAAAAUGUGUACGAGGUAUAGGGAUGAGACAUUUGAGAGACCUGCAGGUUCAGGGGGAAAUCACCUCUGAACUUCAGCCCUUACUAUUCGACCUGAAGAUCGUAUAUUAUAGACCUUGAAGGUUGCAGUUGCCCUGAAGACACCCGUUGUACUCUUUUCCAUUGUGAGUUUUCCUGAAGUUUCUCACAGAUGGUUUUUAACGAGGCAACAAGUGCAAUACAUCGAGUGGCACUAUGCUCUCUUUUCUCCAUUUUUUCCCGCUGGGUUUUUUCGGAGUUUUGAUGAGACAUAAGUCGUCACGGUAUUCGCCCAAGGGGGAGUGUUAAGAAACCUUAAAAGGGGUUUUAUGGACUAAUACCGAAACUGCCCUUGAGAGAGUUCGAGACUUAUAUAUAUGUAUCUAUACCCAUCAUAAUAAAGAUAUACAAAAAGAGGUUUCAUUCACUGUGUCUCUUGUUCUUCUGUGUGUUGGAUUACUGGGAAGGAAGCGGGGUUCUACAACUUCUCGCGCCCCUACUGUUGUCGGGAGGGUUCGAAGUCUGAAUCGGGGAUCUGGGACGACUACGUUAUUUAACCAGUUACAUCCCUUACCACGAGCACAUGAUUAGUAAGACCGCGUAAUAGCAUGCGCACGUGUAUAUCCCACUGGUGUUAGUAGAAGCACUUGUGGUCAGCCCACUAGUAUUCUGCUCGGCCUUAAAUGUACUGGGCCCGCUUGUCUCCGAGCCAUCCGGCCCAUGUGGUGAGAAUCGAAGCUAAGCGUUCGUGAACUCAUCCAAUCCAUCUUCUCUCAAACGAGUCCACAUCCACAUCGGCGUGCUCCCGAGCCCUGAACGCUGUCCCUGACCCGUUCACCCGUCGCAGGCGAGCAGCAGACAGCCAGAGGAGACGUCGCGCCUGUGCCUACCAUGGACGAGAAGGAGUUCUGGCGCAUGCUCGACCUCUUCCCCGUCGUCCGCUCCCGUGACUAUUGCGCUGAUCCUGGAACAUCUAUCAGAGGAACCAGACAGCGAUCACGAGUUCAGGAGGCAGCGAAGGGCAAUGACAAGGACUCAUCCGACGCACAAGAUUUAUUUAUGCAGAAGUUGAAGAUGGCUGCAGAGAAAAAGAUUGGAACAACAAAAGCAGAGUUCUUCUGCAAGGCAUUUGAAGAAACUCAUGAGAAGCUUGUUUACAAAGAGCUGAAUUUGGAUGCUGCUAAGAAGUUUCUGAGCGCAUAUGAGAGCUGAUGAUGAACAGUAGGUAGAUGCUGCUCAAGGAUAGGCAGGUGUCAAUGAUCCUAGAAAGUUGUUGAUGCUGUCGAGAUUUUGAUCAUUGACAAACUUGUGUUGUGUGCAGACAGUAGACAUCCCUUUUUGGUCAGCUACACUUCUUUUUUCAGAGAAAC